GCCUACUACCAUUGCUGCUGCUGUUGUUUUUUUUUCUUCCUUCCUUUGUUUACCAUGAAUACUUAUGUCACAUGAAACCACCAAAAAAAAAAAAAAUUUAAACUCGAACCAUAACCGAGACAAAUUAACGUUCGAUAUCGGCCUUGCGCAAUCAUUAGCUCUAUUGCGACAUUCCAUGUGACUGUCGAGUAUUUGACAUUUGACGGAAAUAUAAGAAGGAUAAAUCCCGGUCCAUCGUAUUUUGCUCCUCUCUUAUUGUUUCUUUUUUCCCUUUAGCAGGUCCUUUUUUUCUGGCAUAUUCCCUUGUUUGCGGUAGUUGGAUCUUUGCUUCUUGUCACCGUAGAACUGCCUGGUUUUUUUUUUUUUUUCUACUCUCUUCUUGAAUUCAUUCAUCCUUUUGUUUUCUUUAUAAUCCAACAUUGUACAGUACCGUACACUACAAUAGAAUAAUAGAAUACAAUAUAGACAGUGAAAUGGCUACCAACAUCACUUUUCAUCCUGGUUCUGUUACAAGAGAUGAACGUACCAAGUUCUUAGGUCAUCAGGGCAUGACCAUCUGGCUGACUGGCUUAUCAGCCUCUGGUAAAUCCACCAUUGCUUGUGCUUUAGAACAAUACCUUUUGCAAAAUGGUAUUACCUCUUACCGCUUGGACGGUGACAAUGUGCGUUUUGGACUCAACAGCGACCUUGGUUUUAGCGAAAAGGAUCGUAAUGAAAAUAUCCGUCGUAUUGGUCAUGUUGCUAAACUGUUUGCUGACGCUUCUGUCGUCUCCAUCACUUCUUUCAUCUCUCCUUAUCGUAAAGACCGUGACCAAGCUCGUGAAGCCCACAACAAGGAUGGCUUACCUUUCAUCGAGGUCUUGGUCGAUUGCCCUGUUGAGGUAGCUGAGCAACGCGAUCCCAAGGGUCUUUACAAGCGUGCCCGUGCCGGUGAGAUUAAGGAAUUCACUGGCAUCUCCGCGCCUUAUGAAGCUCCUCUUGCUCCUGAAGUCGUUGUCUCUUCCCAUAAUAUGUCCACUGAACAAUCUGUGGAAAAGAUUGUUGCUUAUUUGCAAGAAAAAAACUUGAUUCACUUGAACAAUUAAUCUCCCUUUCAUGCUUUAUGUGUUGUUUCAUGUAUAAUACCUAAUCAAUCGUUAUUGUUGUCA